UCUGGCCGGAAAAAGGCCGCGAUUGUCGGCGGCCACCGAAGCUUCAAGUCGUCGAUUCUCCUUCGUCAGCCAUCAACGACCGACGAUACCACCGCCAUCAGAAUCCUCGUCCUCAGAUCUAUCAGGAUCGACCGUCGUUUGGACAGAAAUCUUGCUGGGAAAUUUCGCCGCCGCCAACAGUAGCCGCGCGUGAGUCACACGCGCCGCCAGUGGCAUUUUCGUAAUUUUCGGAGAAUUUCGAGGGUAUUUCAGUCUUUUACCUAUACAGUGAUACUCAGGUUGAAAUAUAGGUCCCCCAAAAGACCAUAAAAUUCAUUACACUCGACUACGAAGGAAAAUAAUGGAGAACGAAGAAAGAGCACAUCUAGAGGCUCAUUACCAAAGGGAGUUGGAGAGCAUGAAAAAUGAUAUUACACGACUUACAAGUCUACUCGAGCAGGCCCUAGCAUCCAAGUCCAUAGAAAAUACCUCUACUCAGCCAGCAGUCGCAACUCCAUCUGUAUCUAUGCCAGCAGCUCCUUUUGUAUUCACAUCUCAAAAUUUAGGGGCAAAUCCCUCUUUAUUUGAACAACAGUCCACUACCAAUGUUCCACCAGCACAAGUGCCGGUUACUGUAAACUUGACAGCUGAUGACCCACGUAUGAUGAAAUUCUCUAAACAUGUUGAUUAUGAGAAGUUGACCGCUCUAGAAGACAGAUUGAGGGCAGUCGAAGGGGCAGACUUAUAUGAUCCUGUUCAUGCGGCAGAGAUGUGUUUAGUUCCAAAUGUAGUUGUACCCAAAGAAUUUAGGGUACCAGAAUUCAUCAAGUAUACUGGAACUGAAUGCCCAGUCACACAUCUUAAAUCUUAUUGCAAUAAGAUGGCAGAAGUAGUGAAUGAUGAGAAACUUCUCAUCCAUUUCUUUCAAGACAGUCUUUCUGGAUCGGCACUAAGUUGGUAUACAAGGCUAGAUAAUACCAAGAUCAGAAAAUGGAAAGAUUUGGUAAAAGCUUUUGUGGAGCAGUACAAAUUCAACAUGGAGGUAGCCCCGGACAGGUCAAGCUUGUUAGUCAUGGAGAAAGGCAACAAAGAGACUGUAAGAGAAUACGCUUUGAGAUGGCGCGAAAAAGCAUCUCAUGUUCAACCCUCUUUGUUAGAAAAAGAAAUGGUCACUCUGUUUUCCAACACUUUUAAAUCUCCUUACUUUGAACACCUAGUGGGUAGUUCAGCUCAACAUUUCUAUGAUGCUGUAACUAUCGCUGAGAGGAUAGAACAAGCAAUAAGAAUGGGGAGAAUGUUAGAGCCUACUGAGAAGAAAGGCUUUACCGGGAAAAAGAAGGAUUCUGAGGUGAACAACGUGGAAGGAGUGUAUAAGGGUAAGAAGAAAAAUUACCAUCAUUAUAACUUUCAAAUACCUACCCAACAAGUUGCAAGUGUAAACUUCACUAAGCCUUUCCCUACCAACCAACAAAACCCACCAAAUGACCAACAAAGUAACCAAAUUGUUAAUCCUCCAAGAAGGAACUUUCAAAGAACCCAAGAACGAUUGCCACCAUUACCACUUCCCUUGGGAGAAAUGUAUUCAAAGUUGUUGAGCAUUGGGCAAGUGGCUCCUGUUCCCUUAACCCCACUGCAACCUCCAUACCCAAAUUGGUAUAAGCCGGAUCUGACAUGUGAGUAUCAUGCUGGCAUUGCUGGGCAUAACAUUGAAAGCUGUAAUGCAUUUCAAAACAAGCUUCUGCAAUUGAUAAAAGCUGGAUGGAUAACUUUUGAUGAUGCACCGAAUGUGAAUUCUAACCCUUUACCCAAUCAUACUGCAAGUAGUGGAGGGGUAAAUGCUGUAGGAGUAGAGGAUGAGAUGCCAAUUGAUGCUACUUAUAUGAGGCCAAGCACUAUGACAGCUAGAGCAUAUGAUGGUUCCCCUAGACAGGUAAUAGGGACCAUUGACAUUGAAUUGUUUGUAGGGCCUCAGAUGUUUUUGGUAACCCUACAAGUAAUGGAUAUACAUCCUUCAUAUAGCAUGUUAUUGGGGAGACCGUGGAUACACGCCUCUGGGGCUGUGACAUCAUCUCUACACCAAUGUCUGAAGUACAUUAUCAAUGGUACUUUAGUGAAAGUUAAGGCAGAAGAAACCUUGUCCAUGAUAAGAAAUGUGUCAGUCCCUUAUAUUGAAGUAGAAGAUUGCAAAGAUGGAAAUCUCCAUGCCUUCGAGAUUGUGAACACUGAAUGGGUACUAGAGAAUACGGUGUUGAGAAGACCAAUUAUUUCUGAUACUUCCAGAAUGAUAGCUAAGUGCUUUUUGAAACAUGGGCUACCAUUCCAGAAUGCUUCACUUACUGGAAGUUUUAAGGGAGUCAACAUGAUGAAAGUUAAGGCUGCUGAUCAGAGGUUUGGGCUUGGCUUUAAGCCUAAGAAAGAUGAUUACAAGAGAGCUGCUAGGAUUAAGCGAGAAAGAAGGUUGGCCAGAAUGGAAGGAAGAAAGCCAGAAGAAGAAGACAUUGUAAUCCCACCCAUCCAUGUUUCUUUCCCAAAGUCAGCAUAUGUAAUGAAACCUGAAAACAUGAUAGAAGUCUUGGGACAGAAACUUGCCGUCAUGGACAUCAACAAUGUAGAGGAAGGUGAAGGAAAAGGCUGGAAUUAUAAUGAUGAGCCGAAAACAACAGAAGAAGAUGAGUUGUUACCUCAGUUAACUGUCCACUCUCUAGAAGAGGCUCCAACCAAUACCUUUGUGCGAAAGCUUUCAGUUGAUGAAGUAUUCCAGAAUUGGGAGAUUGAAGAAGCCCCAGUUGUUUUCAAGAAGAAUCCUGAAAAUGAAUCCUCCAUAAAUCCACAAACAUAUUGCAUUGAAAAUGAAUGGCCAAACUUUGAUAAGGAUGUGAUUGCAAUGGAUGAAGAGGAAUGGAAUGAAGAUGAUAUGAAAGAGUUUACUAGACGGGUAGAACAAUCCGAGCAUGCUUGGAAAUCUGCAAAAGAAGAAUUAGAGGUGAUAAAUGUAGGCACAGAGCAAGAUAAAAGAGAGCUAAAGAUUGGAACUCUGAUUACCACAGAAGAAAGAUGUAGUUUAACAGCACUACUACAAGAGUAUACGGAUGUGUUUGCCUGGUCUUAUGCAGAUAUGCCUGGUCUAGACAUUGAUAUUGUAGUACACAGAGUGCCUCUGAUAGAAGGAUGUAAACCUGUUAAGCAGAAAUUGAGAAGAACUCGCCCGGAUAUUCUACUCAAGGUCAAAGCAGAGAUAGAGAAACAGUGGGAUGCCGGUUUUCUAGAAGUUAUUAAAUACCCUCAAUGGGUAUCUAACAUAGUGGUAGUCCCAAAAAAGGAUGACAAAAUCAGAGUAUGUGUAGACUUCAGGGAUCUAAACAAAGCUAGUCCCAAGGAUGAUUUUCCUUUGCCUCACAUAGAUGUUCUGGUGGACAAUGCUGCUAAGAGUUCAACUUAUUCCUUCAUGGACGGAUUCUCCGGGUAUAACCAGAUUAAAAUGGCUGAAGAAGAUAAAGAGAAGACCACUUUUGUCACACCAUGGGGAACAUUUUGUUACAAAGUGAUGCCAUUCAGAUUAAAGAAUGCUGGAGCCACAUAUCAAAGGGCAAUGGUGACGCUUUUCCAUGAUAUGAUGCAUAAAGAGAUUGAAGUGUAUGUGGAUGAUAUGAUUGCCAAGUCUAAGAACGGAGAAGAUCAUGUUCAAGUUCUAAGAAAAUUAUUUGAUAGACUAAGGAAGUAUCAGUUGAAGCUGAAUCCUGCAAAAUGCUCAUUUGGGGUAAAGUCUGGAAAGUUGUUGGGAUUUGUGAUAAGCAAUAAAGGAAUAGAGGUCGAUCCUGAUAAAGUGAAAGCAAUUCAGGCAAUGACAAUUCCUAAAACUGAGAAAGAAGUAAGAGGCUUCUUAGGACGUUUGAACUACAUCGCUCGAUUCAUAUCUCAGUUAACAACAACAUGUGAGCCAAUCUUUCGAUUACUUCGGAAAAAGAAUCCUGGUACAUGGGACAACGACUGUCAAGAGGCUUUUGACAAAAUAAAGCAAUACUUACAGAAUCCACCUUUGUUAGUGCCACCUGUGCCUGGAAGACCUUUGAUCUUGUAUUUGACAGUAACCGAGGUAGCAAUGGGUUGUGUGUUAGGACAACAGGAUGAGUCUGGAAGAAAGGAGCAAGCUAUCUAUUAUCUGAGUAAGAAGUUUACCGAUUGUGAAUCCAGAUAUACUAUGACUGAGAAGCUAUGUUGUGCCCUUGUGUGGAGUACGAAGCGUCUUCGACAAUAUAUGUUGUAUUAUACCACCUGGUUGAUCUCAAAAAUGGACCCGCUUAAGUACAUCUUUGAGAAACCUUACUUGUCAAGCCGAAUAGCAAGGUGGCAAGUAAUGUUGGCAGAGUAUGACAUUGUAUACAAGACAAGAACAUCUGUAAAGGGAAGUGUAAUUGCUGAUCAUUUAGCAGAUAAUGCUAUCAAAGAUUAUGAGCAUUUGAAAUUUGACUUCCUGGAUGAGGAUGUGUUGAUAGUCGAAGAAGACAAAGAGAAGAAUGAUUGGUGGAUCAUGUAUUUUGAUGGGGCAGUGAAUGUAUCCGGCAAUGGAGCAGGGGCUGUGAUAAUCUCACCUGAUAAGAAGCAAUAUCCUAUCUCAAUCAAGCUACAAUUUGAAUGUACUAACAAUACUGCUGAAUAUGAGGCUUGUAUCCUUGGCUUAGAAGCUGCUUUAGAGAUGAAGAUAAAGAAGCUUGAUGUCUAUGGGGAUUCAAUGUUAAUAAUCUGUCAAGUGAAAGGCGAAUGGCAGACCAAAGAAGAAAAAUUGAUACCCUAUCAACAAUAUCUCUCAAAACUGACUGAGGGUUUUGAUGAGAUAGAUUUUACCCAUAUGGGAAGAGACAAAAACCAGUUUGCUGAUGCUUUGGCAACCUUAGCUUCUAUGGCCAAAACUGAUUACGGCAUCAGGGUACAACCAAUCUGCAUUGAGAUUAGAAAUUUUCCAGCUCAUUGUUGUGCAAUUGAAGGAGAAGUAGAUGGGAACCCAUGGUUUUAUGACAUCAAGCGGUUUAUCCAAUAUCAAGAGUAUCCCUUGGGGGUAUCUAAAGCAGAUAUGAAGACCUUGAGACGGUUAGCCAUGGAAUUUUACCUGGAUGGAGAAAUUCUAUAUAAAAGAUCAUUCAAUGGGGCUUUACUAAGAUGUCUAGAUGAAAUCGAAGCUAAGGUAGCAUUGCAAGAAAUUCAUGAAGGAAUUUGUGCAACUCAUGCAAGUGGGCAUAUGAUGGCCAGACAACUGCAACGAUCUGGAUACUUCUGGAUGACCAUGGAGAAAGAUUGCAUUGAUUAUGUCAGAAAAUGCCAUAAAUGUCAGGUGUAUAGUGAUAAGAUAAAUGCACCUCCAGCUCCUCUAUUCAAUAUGACAUCACCAUGGCCAUUUGCAAUGUGGGGAAUAGAUGUGAUUGGCCCAAUCAACCCAAAGGCCAGCAAUAGGCAUCAAUUUAUCUUAGUAGCCAUUGAUUAUUUCACAAAGUGGGUGGAGGCCAGCUCUUAUGCUCAUGUAACUCAAAAGGUGGUCAAGUGUUUCAUUGAGAAAGAUUUGAUUUGUCGGUACGGUUCACCUGAGAAGAUAGUGACCGACAACGCCCAAAAUUUUAAUGGGAAAAUAAUCACAGAAUUGUGUGUGAAGUGGAAAAUUAAACACUCAAACUCGUCUCCUUACAGACCGAAGAUGAAUGGUGCUGUCGAAGCUGCAAACAAGAAUAUCAAGAAGAUUAUCCAGAAGAUGGUAGUCACUUAUAAGGAUUGGCAUGAGAUGCUUCCCUUCGCUCUACAUGCGUAUCGCACAGCAGUAAGGACAUCUACUGGAGCUACACCUUACUCAUUAGUAUUUGGGAUGGAGGCGGUGAUGCCUUUGGAAGUAGAAAUUCCAUCUUUGAGAGUACUAAUGGAAUCUGAACUAGAAGAAGCUGAAUGGGCUAAAGUGAGAUACGAGCAGCUAAACAUGAUAAGUGAGAAGAGGUUGGCUGCAAUUUGUCAUCACCAGUUAUACCAAAGAAGGAUGGCCAAAGCAUAUGACCGGAAAGUCCGACCAAGGGAAUUCAAAGAAGGGGAUCUUGUACUAAGAAAAAUCUUACCAUUACCAAGUGAGGAUAGAAGCAAGUGGGCACCGAACUAUGAAGGCCCAUAUGUAGUGAAGAAAGCAUUCUCUGGAGGGGCCCUGUUGUUAACUAGAAUGGAUGGAGAUGAUGUAUCUAGGCCUGUGAAUUCUGAUUCUGUGAAAAAGUAUUAUGUAUGA